UAAUACUCACCUAUAUUUAACAUCCAUAUAGAAUCACGUGGAAGUGUUAGUCCGAGGCCGAAACAACAGGGAUCAGCACAAACAGAGAUGCAAACAGGAUUUUGAUAGAAGUGACAAGAUAGAACGUAGAGGCAUCAACGAUUGACCUCUCCUACUCAAUCAGGUAUAGAAAUUCAUCUAAUUCUUUCUAUACCAUCAUUCGCCUCUCCCACAAUGGAAGAAUCUCAAUCAUCCCCUCCAAGCUGCACCACAUGUCACAAGCUCCAAGCCGACCUCCCACAACCCCUCAAACGCUGCGCCAAAUGCCAAACAACAACAUACUGCUCCAGAGACUGCCAAAAGCAAGACUGGAAACUCCACAAACGUGUCUGCGCAUCCCAAGCUGCUUCUCACGACGGUGAACCGACGCCCUCUACGUCUACAUCCACAGGCGGUCGCCACAACCCGGGAUUCCACGCAAUAAACUCAAUGAUGGGUCUCUCGAGCGACGAUUUCCUCCAUAAACUACCCGAGAGAGGUGCUCUGACCCAACUGAUCGACUGUUUCCGCAUGCGUGCUGAGGAUGAGUAUAACUUUGCAGGAAAUACUCUGGGUUGCUACGACGGCUAGGACGAUGCUCUGCCCGACUUUACCGAGUUCCUGGAUCUGGCAGAGAAGAGGAGGGAAUGCAUCAGAUUGGCUACUGGAGGCGACAGCUGGGCAAAUAUCAGUUGUGCAGUGGAGAAGUCGGAUAUUCAGGAGCAUUAUGGGAAUGGGAUGAUGCCGAUGUUGUUGAGAGUGCUCGGUGAGAAGAUAUAUGGGAAGGGGUUCAUGUAGCGGUUUUCGAGAUCCGAGAACAGUUCGCAGGAGAAAUGGCGGAGACAACUCCAGAAAAGCGGGAGUUAUUGGCGUGGACUUCAUUUGGUCAUAGCACUAUACGCAGUUUUAUCAUACUCACCGCUUCGUCGGAUCCAA